CCCCAAGCUCGUACAUAUAAACUCCCGUCCAAUAGUCCGGCGCCGUUCUCUUGUCAGAAAUCGGCAUUCCUUCUGAUCUCGCCGACAUGGUUGCAGGUGACAACUGAUUCAGCCUCCACCCUUGGCUCAUCGACAUAUUGACUCGACUUCUUUGUUCUCCUCGCCACCUUCGCAACCUCGAUUCUUCAUAACAGCGCACUAUCAUCCGAAGGUCGUCCCUGGUCGUCGUACCUGAUUCAAAAGGGGCCUGUCCCACUGUCCGUCAACGCGCUCGACAUCGACCCGACCCAAUUCUCCGCCCACGUAUCGGACAAUUUGUGGUCUCAGUAUCUUGCCUUUGUCCUACACCCACAUGCAAAGGCAAAAAGUUCUGGAACCAUAACCCCCGCCAUGCUAUCACUGGCUGGACCUGAAUCUCUAUUAAAGUCACCAACCCCAGACUUGUAGGGCGUGUGGUGGUCCAGCUACUCUUCAACCUUCUCUCUCUCCACGCAUCCGCCCUGGCCCUGAAGCGGCCUUUCCAACAGAUAUCAACUCCUUUACCUGGCUUCCUCGGAAAUAUCCCACAUCCUGAUAUAUCUAGCCUUAUAAGAGGAGCCCUGUCAAAGUUGUCAACCAUUCCGUCUGUCACUUCCGACCUUCGAAGCACCACCAACGGAUUCACGUUGAGGGUUCCUAUCAUCUGGCUUCGCCGCCUCCUUGCGUAACAUAGAACUAGCAGUUGUGUACCUCGCCUUCAGAGCUUUUUCUCCGACGCUUUCUGUGUGACUUCGACUAUAUGGGCUUCUUUGACCACGCCCCUGUUGCUUGAGUUAUCACAUCAGGACAAACUUUCUCCGUUUUGACCUCUGAAAGGCAAAUUGAGGGAACCACUGUGAGACGUGGAACCCGAGCGGCUCAAGAAGUUCGCAAAAACGCUGUUUGGUUGGAUGAAAACGAUCACUGUCUUGGAUGUGAAGGAUUUAAAGGUCAGGCAUUGCUGAUUGCGCCUGCUAUUACUGGAGAACCACUCUACUGGAGUUUGGGGCGAGGCAGUACUGGGCACGACUGCCCUGCACUCCCCACUGAGGACAUUCCGUGCACUAUAUAUUUGGACAAUUCCUUCCCUCCAGGUUCAACCAUGUACCACGCACCCCCUCAUACUUACCGACAUUCAAGACCGCCUGGUCAAGCACCUUUACCAGCACAUCUUACUGUAAACACUCAGACAGCACAGGCCCGGGAAUUCUCUACAUUCGCCAUGGCGUCCGGUUCCGACCAAACCCCAGCCAACAGUGCCAGCAUUAGCAUUAACAACGCUAACAGCGCGCCACCGCCACCUCCAAGUCCCAGUAUCCCCGGCGAAGUUAACGACUCUGGGAACUACGAUAUACCGGGGCCACCUCCUGUGAGCAGGGUGUGGGAUGGCAAAAUCUGGAAGAUCGAGGUGAGACAACAUCCAUUACGGGCUCGUAUGUGUGGAUUCGGUGACAAGGACCGUCGGCCAAUUUCUCCUCCGCCAUGUGUGUUGCUUAGGAUAUUUGAUGCAAGAACCACGUUGGAAAUUGACUACACGAAAGUGGCAGAUCUCUCAAAACUCGUCCUGAUGGUCGAUUUGUGGAAUCUCCAUGGUUCACGAGAAGACAAUUGCGUCAAACACACCACAUCCUCACCAUCCAUCUCAUCAACAAAUGUCACGAAUUACCCACACGUCUUCACAGGUCGGGAUCCACCCAAUCCAGCUCACGAUUACAUUCCCUCAAACAUGGCCACCUACGGCGCACAAACCUUCACCUCUCCCACGACUUCGGCUCCCAAUUCGGCUCCCAAUUCGGCUGCCUCAUAUUACCCAUCCAACGGCCACCACGCUUACGCUAAUGGCGGUUCGACCUACGACCAAAGGACUACAUACCCCUCCUACUCCCAGGCCAACUACAAUCCUCAAUAUCAGAACGGCUACGAGCUUUCUCAAAACUCUCAUUCCUCUCCUCGAGGAUCCAUGUCUUCCUCUUCGAAUCAGCCUCUCUCUGCUCGCUCCUCUCAAGACAUGGGGAUUGCAUCUAAUAGCGGAGUCCGGGAUGCCAGGGAAACUACGAUUGCCAGGAAUCUUAUCGGCAGCUCUUCCGCCGGAGCGAAUUUGUUGCAAGACCAGCAUGGACAAUACGGCAUCUGGUUUGUCCUUCAAGAUCUCAGUGUCAGGACUGAAGGCUGGUUCCGGUUGAAGUUGAACCUCUUCAACCUGGCGCAGCUCACCUUUCUGGAGGAAGGCAACCGACAGCCAUUGGCCAGCGGUGAACUACUCAACGAGGCACCAUGUUUGGCAUCGGCCUUCAGCAAGCCUUUCAAGGUGUUCAGUGCCAAGAAGUUCCCAGGAGUAAUAGAGUCGACAGAUCUUAGCAAGAGUUUUGCUGGUCAGGGCGUCAAAAUACCCGUCAGGAAAGAUGGUGCGCACAAGAAGAGGAAGGCAGGGUUUAUCGGAGAUGAUGACGGGGUUGGUAACGGAGAGCAGAAUGGGGGUGGUAACGGAGAGCAUGAUGGGGGUGGCAACGAAGAGUAUGAUGGUGUUGGCAACGGAGAUCAUGACGCGAUGGGAGUCAUGGGGAGCUUGUAGGACCAAGCUAUGCGUGAACGUACGAGAUAUUGAGCAGGGCAUGCGACUGUGAGAGAGAGAAUACCCCGGGAUUGACACUGGAGCUGGAUUCGACUCGAAUUAACCCAAGCUGGAAGGUAUUGUGAUUCAGUGACCACGGGAGGACAUCUGAGGGUCCGCGUCACAGAGUUAUCGAUAUUGUUUGGGCGUUUUCGCUGGCGUUUUUGGAAGCAUGAGUACUAUUGUGGAAAUGGGAACUCUCUAGAUAUGGGAAGGCAUUCAGGUCUCGAGAGAGCGGAGCAUUUUAGAUCCGCGGUAUGAACCAGACAUUCAAUAAGAUGAAUUGACUCAA